AAAGCAUUUGGGACGGUACCACGAUACAUAUUAUGUGGAAACCCUCAGAUAUACCUGGUUAUUAUUAUGAUCAUACGAAAAAGCGUUACUUUAAAAUUGAGAAUCAUGGAACACCUGGAUUUGUUACGCAAAAGGUGGUGGAUACCUACUUUGCCAAUUCAGAAAUUCAACGUAAAGUUGAUCAAAUGCUUUCUAUCCGCAGGAGAAAAUUUCUGAACAUUCUUCAAUUGUUGAGUCGUCGCGAAACAUCAAAUUCACUCUCUGUUGAUGCUGUAUAUACAUGGCCACACUGUUAUAUUAGAAACAAAAAAUGUAAGCAAACGAUACCAGUAAAAGGACAGAUCCGUAAUGCUUUGGUGUAUUCCAAUAAUAAUUCACUUUACACAAUCAGUUCCAAUUCCCUGACAAUGUUUACUUUCAACUGGGGUGUUUGCGAAUCAGUCGAUAAAAAUAGUAUGAGAUUCGAGUUAUCUGAAACAAGUAAAAUACUUCCCACCCAACUGGGAUGCUUUCGUUUUAUUGAUAUCUCCUGGUAUGUUCCGGGCAAGGAGCUCGCAUUGUUAACUGAGAGUGCAUCGGGAGGUUGCUUGAUAACUCUUAAAAUUGCAGGGGAAAAUCACGCAUUAACUUCGCAACUGUCUGUUCCGUUUAAUCCUUCCCUUUUUCGCUUCUGUACGUCAUAUUUAACACCUACAGCUACUGGUAAUCUGCACAAUUCUCGUUCUGUAAAUAUUAUGACCAGAAAUGAAAUAUGUAUAAGCAACUACAAUUAUUGCAUUCCCCUUUAUGUGUCAAAUACUUAUAAUCAGUUGUCCAGACGGAGAAAUAAGAUGAUUUUCACGGCUUGUUGUGAAGCUUCAAUAUGGAAAUCAUUUAAUCCUGUCAAGAAAUGUAUCAAAUCUGUAAAUGGUCGACAACCUCUUAUGUAUGUGGCGGGUGUGUCUGAUUCCAAAGGCUUUCUAUCCUUAGUUGAACCAUCUUUAACUCCUCAUAAAAACAUUCAGUUAAUCAACUAUCAUGCAGGUUAUUGGACUACGCUCGCACAACGUAUUCCUACAAAUACAAAUUUAGAAGUAACUAGCUUACAAUGUUUUGGCACAUCAUCUGGUGACCGAUUAGGUCUGAUUGUAGGUCGUCGAUGUGGUCUGAUUGAAUUGUGGGAUGAUCGUUUUCCUAAUAAACCAGUGAUUGAAUACUAUGGUUCAGACGGUUCUACCUUGAUGUCGGUCUCAUCUCACAUCCCACCUUGCCCAGUUAUUGAUCCUGUCUUACAAACAACAAUCGCUAGUCCGUUAUUACCAAAUCAUCAUAUUUGUAUAUGGGAUUUACAUAAAGGUGAUGUAAUUAAUGUCUAUGAAUUAUCACAUCGUUUAUCUCAAUCAGUAUCUUGUGCACCUCCAAUUAUAAUCCACCGGACAAGUUGGAACAAUCAAUAUGGGUUAGUAUGUAAAGGACCUGCACUUUUAGCUCUAGAUGAUGAUUACGUUUACUGUUUUAAUUAAGAUCCUGCACACAGAUACACGUAUUCUUUUAAUAACAUGCCUUCCGAUUUAAUUGGUUGUCUGUAUAGCUUUCGUUAUGAACUGAAAUUAAUUGGGAAACCAUUUGACCCUAGUUCAGUAGUCUAAAAAGAUUGUGCUUACCUCAAAGCGGAAUAUAUUGACAUCGAUUUCAUGUGGGGUCACGAAUGGGCACUUCUGAACAGUUUUAAAAUAGGGUGAAACAACUACUUGAUUCUCGUCGAAUAUUAGUGGUUCUUUAGAUGUCAGUUUAUUCAGAAAACUUCCUUCAAACUGAUUCUUAGCAGUGUUCAAAAUCUACUGCAAUUUGGCUAUGAUUCAUUUGUUAAUGUAAAUAGAAUUAUUAAAUAAUCAGUUAAAACUACCUUCUAUUUCACUUUAAAAUAUAAUUUUAGUAUCAUUUAUAUCUACAUUUAAUUGAUCAGGACAGUUGUUCCUAAAUAAAAACAUUUUGGAACAAAUAUAAGAUUUAUGUAGAUAUCAACAGUAAUAUUGUCCUCACUUUUCUGAUUAUACUUUGUUUGUAAGUGUUUAUGGUUCUUUACAAAAUAAAUCCUACUGUUGCCCAGCGUUUCGAUUAUUGUAAAUAAAAUCUAGAAUUCACUUGUCA